AUGAGUAAAAGUCAAGAGACAGUUAGUCGUGGUAUGGUCAUAUUUUCAGUAUCAUUUUACAUUUCAACAGCAUUAACGAUGGUAUUUGUGAAUAAGUGGGUGUUAAAUAGAGUCCCCUUGCCUUUCACAUUGCUUUGGUUUCAAGUAGUAAUGGCAGUCAUUCUAUUACAUUUUUCCAGUAUAUUCGGUAUAUUACAAUUACCAAUACUUGAAAAAAAAAAAUGCAUAGGAUUAUUACCAUUAAUAGCAAUAAAUGUUUUAGGACUUAGUUUUAAUACGAUAUGUUUACAAUAUGUAGACGCAAGUUUUUAUCAAGUUGCAAGAGCUUUAGUGCUUCCAUUUACAGUUUUAUUCUCAUUUAUGUUUUUAAAACAAAAAACAUCAUAUAAAAUCUUAUUAGCAUGUUUGGUUGUAUGUAUUGGAUUUUUUGUCGGUGUAUCUUCUGAAAGACUUUCAAUUUCUUUUGUUGGUAUCAUUUUUGGUAUUUGUUCAUCAAUUUCAACAGCGUUGCACGCUAUUGUCAUUAAGAAAAGUUUAACCGUGGUAAAAGGUAAUACGUUAGACUUGGUUUAUUAUAAUAAUAUUUUGAGUGCUAUUGCAUUUAUGCCAUUAAUAUUUUUGUUCCGAGAACAAAAUCAAUAUUCGGAAUUAUUUCAAAAUAAUUCUAGCGGCAUAUCAAAAACCUUUUUAAUUGGGAUUUUGGUUACUGGAUUCUUUGGUUUUUUAAUUAAUGUGGCAGGAUUCCUUCAAAUUAAAGUAACUUCACCCGUUACUCAUAUGAUCUCCUCAGCUUUUCGCGGGGUUGUACAAACUAUUCUUGGGAAUUUGAUUUUUGGUGACUUGUUAACUACUGGUCGUGUCGGUGGAAUCUUUUUAAUAUUAUUUGGUACUUGUCUUUAUACUUGGAUUAAAGAUCAAGAUUCAAAACAAAAUAGAAAACAAAAUAUUGUUUAUGAUAAAUUAGAACGUGGGAAUUCAUUUGAUGAUAGAAAUGAUAACAUUAGAGAUGAUAGAAAUGAAAAGGCAUAA